UCUCUCACUUUCUUCUUCUUUUUCUUCUUCUCUAGAGAUUGUUGCGUGAGGCUAAGAAGAUCAAAAGAUGGUUUUGUGGGUAUUUGGAUAUGGAUCUUUGAUAUGGAACCCAGGUUUUGAUUUUGAUGAGAAGCUCAUUGGUUAUAUCAAAGAUUACAAACGUGUCUUUGAUCUCGCGUGUAUUGAUCAUAGAGGUACUCCUGAACAUCCUGCUAGAACAUGUACUUUGGAACAAUCCAUUGGAGCUAUAUGCUGGGGUGCUGCUUAUUGUGUUAGUGGAGGACCAGAGAAGGAGAAACUAGCUAUGGAGUACUUGGAAAGAAGAGAGUGUGAAUACGACUCUAAAACCCUUGUCGAGUUUUACACUGAAACUGACACUUCCACACCAAUCGUUACCGGAGUUAUUGUCUUCACGUCAACACCAGACAAAGUGUCGAACAAAUACUAUUUAGGCCCGGCUCCAUUGGAAGAUAUGGCUAGGCAAAUCGCUACAGCUACUGGACCAUGUGGGAACAACAGAGAGUAUCUUUUCAAGCUUGAGAAAGCAAUGUACGACAUUGAACAUGAGGAAGAGUAUGUGAUCGAAUUAGCGAACGAGGUGAGGAAGCAACUCGAGUUACCAGAGGAAGUGAAAACAUUGUUAAAGCCUAUGAUUUCUCGUGUACCCUUAGUCAAGUCUCAUGCUCAUGCUGCUUCUUCCACUCGUCAAAGAGUCUUUGCAUCAUGAAGACAUUCAUUAAGCUAGCCAGCUAACAACAUUGUGGUGAUUAGAGGCUAAUGUUAUCAUUGAAUAUCUCAUCUUGACCUUGAGAUGAUGAUUAAUUUAGUUUGCUUUGUAUUUGAUGAUCAGCAACAUAAAGAAACAACUUCUCUAUUCUCAGCCCAUAAGAUAUCAAACUAGGCUAAGCCCAAUAACACUAAAAUAUAGAUGGGCUUGUAAGCUUAGUUCUUAUUAUUUCCCUCUUAGUUAAACAAAGUUAUGUGUGUUUCUUUAAGAAGUUAAUUUUUUUUUUUGUUU